GACGCAACUUCACAACAUCUCAUGCCCUCUAUAUAAAAAACAUACUGUAUUUGUGCAUAUUAAAUGGUUUAGUACCAAGCCGAUAUAAACGAGUUUCACAUGGAAAUCAUAGCGCUGUCUAAUGUCUUUGUUUUGCUCGUGACGUAAUCUGAGAUUUCGUGUCUCUGGAAGAUUUAUAAGAUGGUUAAAUUACACGACAGCUACAAAAGGCUUUUGCAAAUAUAUACACUGUCCUCAAAUAGUAUAGGCACACCAUUCUUACCUAUCAGAUUUUUUCCUUCAAAUCAAAAUCGACAUGAAAUCCGCUUCAAGACUUCAGGUGCUGGUGAACGAGCUCUGCAGGAGAGACAGAGGCAACACAUGGCACGAGGUUUGCCAAAACAGAAGCCCAUAGCUGGAGUCAAAGAGGUCCUUGUUGUUGCAUCAGGGAAAGGAGGGGUGGGAAAGUCCACAACAGCAGUGAAUCUUGCUCUUGGACUUAUGGCUAAUGAUCAGAGUAAAUCGGUGGGUCUUCUAGAUGCUGAUGUUUAUGGCCCCUCCAUUCCAAAGUUGAUGAACCUAAAAGGAAACCCUGAAUUAACAGACAAGAACUUAAUGAGACCACUUGUGAAUUUUGGAAUUCCUUGUAUGUCAAUGGGCUUUCUGGUUGAAGAGGUCGCACCUAUUGUGUGGAGGGGUCUGAUGGUGAUGUCAGCUAUUGAGAAACUCAUUAGACAGGUAGAUUGGGGGAAUCUGGAUUACCUUGUGAUUGAUAUGCCACCUGGAACUGGAGAUGUCCAGCUGUCUAUUACUCAGAAUAUUCCAAUAGCAGGGGCUGUAAUCGUGUCCACACCUCAAGACAUUGCCUUGCUAGAUGCACGAAGAGGUGCCGAGAUGUUCAGAAAGGUUAACGUUCCGGUGCUAGGUCUGGUUCAAAACAUGAGUGUUUUCCAGUGUCCCAAAUGCAGUCAUCAAACACACAUUUUCGGCUCAGAUGGGGCGAAAGAGCUUGCUCGGACCCUUGGUGUUGAGAUGCUUGGGGACAUUCCUCUUCAUCUCAACAUUAGGGAGACGUCAGACAGGGGACAGCCCGUGGUUGUGUCGUCUCCAGAUAGUCCAGAAGCCGAGGCUUACAGAAGAGUUGCAGCAGCAGUAGUACGGCGACUAGCGGAGCAUCCAAGAUAAAAGUAGUUUUGCUGACCUGAGAAAAAUGAUCAGUAUUGAUUCAUUGUCUCCUAAUCAACUUGUUUACCCAUUCAGAUUGGUAUCACAUACUUAUUAGAAUACUAUAAUUUAUGUUCUUUAUUUAUGCACUGACAUAUUGCUCAUUAUUUACAGAGAUUAAAAUAACAAAAAUUAAUAAAUCAUUUUGAUUUUAAACAGUUUUGCAGGAAGUAAGCUUUCAUUAUAUAGCUAUUUAAAGUAUGAAAUAAUUAAAAUAAGAACUCACUGCAAUUAUGAUCAUAUUAAAAGUGCCCUAAUGUAAUGUCUGUUCAAGUGUACAAAUCUCAGAUGUGGAUUUUUCCCACCAGAAUAGAUUGACAAGAUGUUUACCCAAAAGGAACUGUGUCAAAUGGCAAAUCUAAUGUGGCUUCAAUUAAUGUCAUCGAUUUUACUGCAGAAAAGUAUCUUUCCACAAACUCUUUAUUGCAACAUGAAGAUGGUCAUUACAGGAUUUAACCACUUGAUGGCACUGCAGAUGUUUUCAUACAUCUUUCUUUGAUUUAUAGUGAUAGCUAAAUUAGGUUUUUCACUUAAACUGUUUUGACAGUAACAUGAUUGGAGUCUUUUGUUACUUAACUUGCAUUUAAUAAAGUGAAAUGGUCCUGGCCCAAUAGGAGAAGUGCAAUGAAGUUUUCAUGGGAUGAUAACAACAGGGUCACUUCCUGCAUAUUUUCACAGCUCCCUUGACUCAGCUGAAACAGCCGUAUUCAGUCCACCCCUGUGUAACUGUGGCCAGACAGACCCGUCUGUGAUUCAUCACUGCAAUGAAGCUAUUUUGCUUUCUUUUAGUGUCAAUUGCUCAACUGUUCCCAGAAGUCCGACCCCGGGGUUUCAGCUGUACAAUGACCUCAGAUGAAUUUGGACGCUUUCACAUUUGGUGUUAUUUAUUUUCUCUUUGUUUUCACGAUAAAGGAAGCGUUAUGCCCAUAACAUGCCUUGACUGAUGUCAUUGAGCACAGUGGUGUGACUCACACUCCCAUGAGUGUGCCCUUAAAGUGUAAACAGCAAAUAAACAUCUAUUCAUAUAGACAUUCACAGAAAUUCUGCCUGGGAUUAUUGUCAGAGAAAGGGAAUUUCACAACGAAUAGGAGAAGACUAUUCAUAAAUCUGAUUCUAGAUCAGACGGCUUUCACUCAUGAAACCUUAUUUGCUUGUGAGAGACUGCAUAACAUGGGCAUAUUCAGAUUGAGUAUGUUUCAGGUGAUUGCCAGCUGGGAAGAAACAGAUUUCUAAAACUGUGUUCUUGUGGUGUUAUCAGUGGCAUUAUAAACGCAGACUUUGCCCCAUGUGGUAAAUGUGGCUUAUUGCUUCUACUUCCUAAGGCUAUGGAAAAAAAUCAAUAAUUAAAUGGGGUAGCAGUGCAGCUCAAGAGGACAGAGGGCAGACUUAUUUCUGUGUCAUCUUUGAUUCAUGAGCAGAUACUGUUAAUAAAAUAAUCUGAGGUGCAAACAAAA